AUGGCUGCGCCCAAUAAGGUUUCCAGUGGGCUCCAGCUGGUUUUCGGAUGUGUUGGAGCUCGCGUCAAGCACUCCAUCCUCUACGAUGGAGCCGCCCGCGAGCAGCGUGCAUAUAAUUCAGGGGGAAAUGACAAUAAUAAUGACAGCAAUGCGGCGGACGCCAAUGUGGUCAUCACAGACUCAACAGGUGAUGCUGCCCAGGAAGGACUUCUGAAAUCGUUCUACGAUCUCGGCGAAUCCCUCGUUUUCGUAGAAAAUUUACAAGAAUUGGAUCCGAACAUGUUUCUUGGCCCAUUCCUUGACGUGAUUCGUUCCGAAGAUACUACUGGGCCAGUGACGGGAUUGGCGCUAUCGUCAGUCAACAAAUUUUUGUCGUAUGGCAUGAUCAAUCCAAAGAACGAAGCAUCGUCUUCUGCUGCCGUUCAACAUAUUGCGGACGCUGUUACGCACGCCAGAUUCGUUGGCACUGAUCCUGCAAAUGAUGAAGUCGUACUUAUGAAAAUUCUGCAAGUGUUGAGAACGCUGCUACUCGCAGAUGUUGGAUGCCUUUUAACAAACGAAAGCGUUUGUGAAAUCAUGCAAUCGUGCUUUCGUAUAUGCUUUGAAACGAGGCUUUCAGAGCUUCUGCGGAAAUCAGCAGAGCACACUCUAGUUGACCUUGUGCAGCUCUUGUUCGCGCGACUUCCUAGUAUGUCUGAAGAUAAUCGUGUUGGGGGCAAGCUGCUGAAUGUCGGAAGCGAACAUUUCAACACGAAGCCAGCAAAAGGCAUCCAGUUCCUGCAAGAGAAUGGACUGUUGUCGAAGCCGUUGGAUCCCAGUGAAGUCGCAGCAUUCCUCAGAGACAAUCCCCUGUUUGACAAACGGAUGAUCGGCGAAUAUGUAGCAAAUAAGAAGAAUUUGACGGAACUUUCGGCGUUUGUGAAAUCAUUUGAUUUCCGAGGACUGAGAGUCGACGAAGCUUUGCGUUUGUACUUGGAAGCGUUCCGUUUGCCGGGUGAAGCACCCAACGAAGAAAUCGUCAUGCCUGCUGAGCAUUCGGGAAUUUUGCGGGAAAAUUACGAAUGGAAGGUGCUGCUUCGUCGUGGGGAAACAUCAGAGGGCACGUACACGCAUGCGAUGGCCGGUGUGUUUGACCACGACUUGUUCUCGCUAGUUUGGGGCCCAGUAGUGGCUGCACUGAGCUACGCCUUUCACCGAUCCGUGCAACCCCAGCUGGUGAAGAAGGCAGUGCGGGGAUUUCGGAAAUGUGCCAUGAUUGCGGGCCACUAUGGAAUGAGUGACGUGUUCGACAACUUGAAAGGCUGA